UAACUGUAUACAUUGUAAAACUAACAAAGCCAAGACAAUCUAUAUAACCUCUAUACGACUUGCGUUCUGUCAAUUGUUAACUGUGCAUUUCAAUUCUGAAAUAUUAUUAUGAAUCCAAAGAAUAUGUAGCAAGUACAAGUAUGAAUCACAAGAAUAAAGUUUAGUACCUUCUCUUAAGAAUUAAUGCUUUUGCAUUGUUGAAUGAAUUGAAAUAAUGGACAUUCAUCUAUCAAUGAAUCUCUGACAUACGAAGAAACCAUCGUCAUGGUAGCCCAUGUUAUGUGUUUGACUUCUUCUGGUGGAAUUCCAUUAUUUUCUCGACAGAAAGGUGAAGGUGAUUCGAUGACAUUUUCUAAGAUAGCAUCUUUAAAUGGAGUACACAUGUUUCUCAAGUCACAGGACAUUAAACUCUUGUGUACAGACUUACCUGACACUACCAUAAUGUGGAAAGAGUUUGAAAGAAGCAUUACUUUAAUAGCUAUUGCCAAUGGGACCACGAAAUACAUUUUAAAUAAAUUUCUUGAUGCUAUUUUUGGUGCUAUGAUUUUAUUUGUUGGUAUUGAUGAAAUAAAAAGUGCAAAAAAUAUUGAAAAGCUUAAGAAAGACAUGCGUUUGUGUAGUCCAAUUGUUGACAAUUUAUUGCAAUGUCUCGAUGCUGGAGAUGGGAUUUCUUUGAAAACUGAUAUUGUCAAUAUGACAGAAUGCAUUAUGUGUGAUGAAAACAAUUUACUUCAGACUUGUUUAGAGGGUUACGUGGAAUGUUUGGAUUCCAUUUAUGGAUGUAUUUUGAUACAUGGCUGCCUAGCAGUUGCUACAGAAGGCUGGUGGAGUUUACAUCCUAUCGAAAGGAAAUUAUUAAUAAUAGCUGUUACUGUAGAAGGUGUCUGUACUACCCGCGAUAUUCCUGUAUUUCUUCCUUAUAAGAGUCCAAAUGUGGCUUUCAGACUAGUGUCUGUUGCAUUGAUCAAUCACAUCGAAGUGCUUGCAUUGUGUGGACCAAAUCCUGAAUUAUCAGAAAUUGAGAGGUUUGCUGUACAAUGCUGGAAGAGUAGCAUCGAUGCUUUGCAUAGUGCUGAACAGUGCUAUCCAAGGAAUUUACCAAUGUCUAUAAAUUUGGAUUCGGAAACACUCGGAUUUCUUUUGGCAAACUAUAAGGUGCAGAAAUUCGUACUCGGCAGGAAUACACAGUAUACAAAAAACAGAGCCAGUGGGUCGCACAGAUUAGAUAUAUUAAGAACUUUUUAUCACCAAGCCGUCGAAACCUUUAUAUCAUCUCCUGCAUCCGAAGGUGGAACAAACACCGACAGUUCGGAGUUUGUUGGUGCAAAAGAAAUAUAUUUAUGUUCUGAAUACCACAAAUGUCAUGCAGUUAGGUAUGGAGAUCAUAUCCUUUGUAUUUUAUACGCAUCCGUAGUGCCUACUCAUACUAUGAGAUUGAUUUGUCAGAAAAUAUUGAAAAUGUUACUCGUUGAUAAGUAAGGUAAAAAUUUAGUGCCUAAGACUUUUUGUAUUCGAACUACUGUUUUUAUGCUACUUUGUAUUUUUAUACUACACAAUCACAGAUGAUUGCAAUUAUCGAAAAUGAAUAAAUACUAAGGCGUUA